GAGUGGGGCCUCAGAGAGAGGGAGAGGGGUGGCAGUGGCCCCCGGAGGAGCCCCACCAUGAUGGAGAAGCUGGAGCCCGCUGCUGCUGCCGUCCGCUCCCCCAGCCCCCAGCCCUGCUCCAUGCUGCUCUCAGCCCUCUCUCCUCCUCCUGCCCUGCGGGGGACGCAUCGCCUGCCCAGUACCCCCAGCAGCAGCAGCAGCAGCAGCAGCAGCAGCAGCAGCAGCAGUGGUGCCGGUAGCCCGCUGGUGACAAAUGGAGGAGGGAGCCAGGGGGACACGCAAGACGGGCGCGCCGACACCGAAUCCACACCUGAGCCCGUUGCCAUGGCAAUGGAUGCCAAGGAAGAGGAGGAGGAAGAGCAGGUCAGGAAGAAGGAGGGGUGGGGACUCACAGCCCGAUGCCACGGAGUCGACGUUGACACCUCCUCCUCCUCCUCCUCCUCCUCCUCCUCCUCCACCACCACCCAGCCUGGUGCCUUUCGUUGCUGAGCCACAAGUGACCACAACCUCCCCUCACACACUGACUCCUUCCACCCCCACCUCCACCUCCACCUCCACCUCCUCACCUUGCCCAUCCACUUCUUCCUUGGCGCCAGCCUCUCUCCCCCUACCCCCCAACAUCCCCGUCAUCAGCCUGGGCCACAGUAAGCCCCCUCUCCCCUCCCUCCGCCUGCCGCCCCCACAGCUGACCACCCUCCACCCCAUCCCCACCCUGCCUCACGGACCCCCAGACGGACGCCUCACCCAGCUCACCGCCAUGCCCGGGGCCAACGCAGCCGGCAACAUGCCCCCGUCGGGACCCAUGCUGCCUGGAGGAUACCACAUCCUCAACAGUUCAUUCCUGGGUCCGCCUGGCAGUUAUGGUAUCUUUGGGAAUAAUCGCAUCAAGAGGAGACCAUCCUCACAUUUUGAAAUGGAGCUCCCUGAAACGGGGCCUCCACAGAAGCUGGCCCGGCGGGUGUUCACCAACAGCCGGGAGCGAUGGCGUCAGCAGAACGUGAACGGCGCCUUCUCGGAGCUGCGCAAGCUCAUCCCCACGCACCCGCCCGACAAGAAGCUGAGCAAGAACGAGAUCCUGCGCCUGGCCAUGAAGUACAUCAACUUCCUGGUCAAGCUGCUCAACGACCAGGCCAGCGACAGGCCAAUGCGGCAGCCGGGGGAGGUAGAGGAAGAGGAGGAGGAGGAGGAUGAAGGUGAGGGCGAGGAGGACGAGGGAGAGGAGGACGUGAAGAACAUUCGCCGCCUGCUAAAGCACAACAGCGCGCGGGAGCUCUCGUCCUCCCAGCCACCGCACGCGCCCCUCUCCCAAACGCUGACGCCGCCCACUUUGGCGGUCGCUCCGCACGACAGAGACAACGCGGACGCCGGGAUGGCCCUCGGCGCGUCGCCCGGCUCCAGCUGCUGCGGCGGCGGCGACACGGACAGUGAGGAGAGCCUGGGGCCCAGGAGCUCGGGGGUGAAGGGCGGGGGCAUGAUGGAGAAGGUGAAGGAGCAGAUCCGGACGGUGGCCAUCUCUAGCCAUCAGCGGUGACCCCCGCCGGACCAACGGCCUCGACUGGAGGGAUGCAAACUGACACGGCGACACGGACAAAACAGACAUGGUGACUGUUGUCGAUGUUUUUUUUAGUUGUGUGUGCUCAAGCGUGACACAUUUCAAAUGAGAUAAGAUAAACUUUGUCAACUAAAAUGAUAGUUGACAUGGAAGUGAAGUUUUUUUUUUGCGUUCCUUGAUUCAUGGCAACCAGUUGACAAUAAUGUUUUUUUGGAUUAAUCAUAUGCAUUAAAUUUAUAUGUCAUAUA